AUGGAGGCAAGUUCCCUCGAAAUGCCUUUGGAGGAAAGAAAUGAAUACAUAUCUCCCUUCAAAACACUUUUUGGAGCGAUAUUCCAGAAGGAGACCAUAGAACAAAUAAUGAAGUUGUUCUCUUCAUUCGACGAUGGAAGGUUUGCGGAGAAGGGCGAGCGUUUGAAGGCGAUUUUGCCGGAUAUGGUUAACCUGGACUGGGUGGACAAUAUGAGCCAGGAGCUUGGAAUGGAAAAUGUCUUAUGUCACGGUGAUUUAUGGUCCAUGAAUGUUUUGUGGAGGCAAAAUGGAUCUAAUCUUAGCAUGGCUGCUGUUGUGGACUACCAGCACAUUUCGGUUGUGCAGCAACCGAUCUUGUGCGGGUACUUUGUGCAUGUCUCAGCGGCAAGGAUCGGCAAGGAACAUUGGGAACAGCUCCUGGAAGAGUUCUACGGUUAUCUCAAAGAAGAAGUAGGUGACAGGAAAAUGCCAUACACUCUUGAUCAACUCAAAGAAGCUUAUCGCCAAUACUUUCCGAUCGGCGCGUUUAUGAUAGUGCCUAUGACAGGACCAUUUUUCGAGAUGGUGUGUAAGACCACCGAUGAGGAUCUUCAAGAAAAA